CCCACAAUGCAGCACUUGGAGAAAACAAAUGCAGAUGAACGUGGUUCUGGUGUGCUGAUGUUUACAUUGCUUGUCAGCUGGAUCGGCGAGACUCCAAUCCGAAGCUUUCGUGGAUAAUACUUCAUGUUUCCCUGACAAGAUAAGGGACAGAGAGAAAGAGAAGACUGCUUGGAAAGAAGGGUAUGCUGGGAGUUGGCAACCAGCCCUUUUCAUUCUGCCAUCAUGUCGACCCAGUUGGAGCGUCUCUUGAUGAAGAAUUCGAUGUGAUGCAACUGCUGAAGCUGAAACAACUUUGAAUUCUCUGAGUUUUGAGAUUGAGUCAUGGGUGUGCGAGUUCUGGCGAUUCUGCUAGUUAUUCUCCUAGGAGAUUCCACUGCUGAUGCGGCUACAAAUCCGGAUGAUUUCAGUUCAAUUACGGGGGUCAAGAGUGCUUGGCAGAAUCCACCACCCAACUGGGUGGGGGCUGAUCCUUGUGGCAAUGCCUGGGAUGGGAUCAGCUGCACCAAUUCUCGUAUUACUUCCAUAACAUUGUCGAGCAUGGGUUUGACAGGUUCGCUUUCGGGAGACAUUGGACAACUAUCUGAGUUACGAAUUCUGGACCUAUCUUACAACAAGGGUCUGACUGGAUCUCUUCCUGUACAAAUUGGAAACUUGAUGAAGCUCACAAACUUAAUCCUGGUUGGUUGCGGAUUUUCUGGCCGAAUACCAGAUUCCAUUGGAUCUCUACGGAACCUGGUGUUUUUAUCUCUAAAUUCGAAUAGAUUCAGUGGGCUGAUUCCAGCUGCCAUCGGUAACCUAGAUAGGCUUUACUGGCUGGAUCUAGCUGACAAUCAGCUAACUGGAUCUAUUCCAGUAUCGAAUGGAAGCAAUCCUGGCCUUGAUAUGCUACUUCACACGAAGCACUUUCAUUUUGGACAGAACCAACUCGAUGGCACAAUUCCUUCCCAACUAUUCAGUUCUGAGAUGCAUCUCAUACAUGUGCUUUUUGACAACAAUCAGCUCACAGGUAGCAUGCCUUCCACUCUUGGACUGGUGCAGAGUUUGGAAGUUGUACGCUUUGAUAGGAACUCUUUAAGUGGUGCAGUCCCUGGAAAUCUCAACAAUCUUACAUCUGUUCAAGAACUCCAUCUUUCCAACAAUAGGCUAACUGGUCCGUUGCCCAACCUUACUGGCAUGGAUGCCCUCAACUACCUGGACUUAAGCAACAAUAGUUUUGACGCGGCAGAUUUCCCUCCAUGGAUUCCAACAUUGCAGUCUUUGACAACAUUAAUGCUGGAACACACGCAAGUUCGAGGACUGCUACCUGUCAUCCUUUUCAGCAUUUUCAGUUUACAAAGUGUGGUCUUAAGAAACAACCAGCUGAGUGGAACCUUGGAUAUAGGCACCAGCCAUAGCAAUCAAUUGCAACUCAUUGAUUUGCAGAUCAAUUUUAUUGAUGACUUCAAGCAGAGUUCCGGAGGUUACAGUGUCGAGGUGAUACUUAUCGGUAACCCGGUUUGUCAAGAAACAGGAGCAGCUGGGCAAAGUUACUGUGCCAUUCCACAAUCCAACACCUCCUCAUACUCGACACCGCCUAAUAAUUGCAUUCCAGCCACUUGCAAUUCAAAUGAGACUUCCAGCCCCAACUGUAAAUGCAGCUCUCCUUACAUGGGAACUCUAGUCUUCAGAGCUCCUUCUUUCUCAGGUUUAGGAAACUCGACUUAUUUCGAACACCUUGCACGCUCUAUGAUGACCUCUUUUCAGUCCUAUCAACUACCGGUAGAUUCCAUCUCGCUGAGUGAUCCACGGAAGGAUUCAUCUGAUAACUUUAAACUGAAUCUCUCGGUCUUCCCAUCUGAGGGGGUUAGUUUCAAUCGGACUAGCAUAAGCAGUAUUGGCUUUGUGCUCAGUAAUCAGACUUACAAGCCUUCAAAAUUAUUCGGGCCUUUCUAUUUCAUCGCCGAUCAGUACACGUACUUUGCUGAAGCACAAGUACCGACCACAUCCAAAAAAUCCUCAAACGUCGGAGUCAUCGUUGGUGCAGCAGCUGGUGGUUUUGUUCUCCUCUUGCUAUUGGCUCUUGUAGGGGUUUAUGCUUUUCGCCAAAAGACAAGAGCAGAAAAGGCUACAGAGCAAAGCAACCCUUUUGUAAACUGGGACCCAAAUAAGAGCAGCGGCAGCAUCCCCCAACUCAAAGGAGCGAGAUGGUUUUCUCUUGAGGAUCUUAAGAAAUACACCAACAGCUUCUCAGGAGCCAGUGAAAUUGGGUCUGGCGGAUAUGGAAAGGUCUACAGGGGUACUCUUCCCACUGGAACUCUAGUCGCCAUAAAACGAGCACAGCAGGGAUCUAUGCAGGGUGGGGUCGAGUUCAAAAAUGAAAUUGAGCUCCUAUCAAGAGUCCAUCACAAGAAUCUUGUCAGCCUUGUCGGUUUUUGUUUUGAGCAAGGUGAACAAUUGCUAGUGUACGAGUUCCUUCCAAAUGGUAGCCUCAAAGAGAGUCUCUCAGGAACGUCGGGAAUCAGGUUGGAUUGGGCAAAAAGACUCAAAGUAGCCAUUGGUGCAGCACGAGGUCUGGCUUAUCUUCAUGAGCUUGCUGAUCCUCCAAUCAUACAUAGGGACAUUAAGUCAACCAACAUCCUAUUGGACGAUCACUUGAAUGCGAAAGUUGCUGAUUUUGGUCUCUCCAAGCUCAUGGGAGAGGGUGAAAGGGGUCAUGUCACCACUCAAGUCAAAGGAACAAUGGGCUACUUGGAUCCUGAGUACUACAUGACGCAACAGCUGACCGAGAAGAGCGACGUCUAUAGCUUUGGAGUAGUGAUGUUGGAACUCCUUACUGCCAGAAGGCCGAUAGAGCGGGGCAAAUACAUUGUGAGAGAAGUGAGGGUGGUCAUGGAUAAGGAUAAAGAAUUGUACAAUCUGCAGGGGAUUCUCGACCCAGCCAUCGGUUUGGGCACGUCUUUGAAGGGUCUUGAGAGGUUCGUGGAGUUAGCAAUGAGAUGUGUGGACGACUCAGGCGCAGACAGGCCAAGCAUGGGAGAGGUGGUGAAGGAAAUCGAGAACAUCAUGGUUUUCGCAGGUUUGAACCCAAAGGCCGAAUCUGAGACCAGUUCGGCCAGUCAUGAGGAGGCACGUAAGGGGAAUUUCAGACAUCCAUACAGCAACGAGGACUUCUUAGAGUACAGCGGGGGCUUCCCGCCUUCAAGGAUUGAACCCCAGUAGGCAGAUCACAGUCAUGACCAGCUUCAGUGUCCAUUAAGAAAAUCAAACUUGCAUAAGUAUUCAUGACUCUCUCUUUCCAGAUGUUCAAAUUCUAAACUUGGAGCUGAUCAUUUAUCUUCCACUUGUACACCCGGUCUUGUCUUCUCGUGGAGAAGAUACUAUAUAGACUUGUUUGUUGAGUGAUUGCAAUCAUAUUAUCAAUCACAGUGCAGGAAACAUAUUGGAACAAUUGUCAUUCAGCGCCGUCGACGGGAGAAUUCACCAAUUUCUUGACAUGUGAUCGACUCGA